UACCGAGAGGAUGGGAUGGAUCUAGGCAGUGACGCCGGCAGCAGCAGCAGCAGCAGCAGCCGCGCCAGUUCCCAGUCCAACUCCACCAAAGUGACUCCUUGCUCCGAGUGCAAAUCCUCGUCGUCGCCGGGGGGCAGCUUGGACUUGGUGUCUGCCCUGGAGGACUAUGAGGAGCCUUUCCCGGGCUACCCGAAGAAGGUAAUUGAUGAGUGGGCACCGGAGGAAGACGGGGAGGAGGAGGAAGAGGAGGACGAGCGCGUGGAGGACGAGCGAGGGUACCGGGAUGACCGCUGUCCGGCCCGAGCGCCGGGGGACGUGAGUGUCCGCACCGGCAGGAGUGCCGCCCCCGCCAUGCCGCCCCCCAUGCCUAACGGUAACCUCCGUAUGCACGACCCCCAGGACCUCAGGCACAAUGGCAAUGUGCUCGUGGCCAGCCGCCCGAACGGCCCCCGGGGCCCCCGCCGGUCGCUCCAGAAGCCCCAGCCCGCUGUGGGCCGGCGCGGCCGGGGCCCCGCAGCGGCAAGGCUAGGCCUCCAACCCCCGGACGGUGGAACGUGCGUCCCAGAGGAGCCCCCGGUGCCCCCCAUGGACUGGGAGGCGCUGGAGAAGCAUCUGGCCGGGCUGCAGUUCCGGGAGCAGGAGGUGCGGAACCAGGGGCAGGCGAGGACCAACUCCACCUCUGCACAGAAAAAUGAGCGAGAAUCCAUCAGACAGAAGUUGGCCCUUGGAAGCUUCUUUGACGAUGGCCCAGGAAUUUACACGAGCUGCAGCAAGAGUGGGAAGCCAAGCCUUUCGUCUCGACUACAGAGUGGGAUGAACCUGCAGAUCUGCUUCGUCAACGACAGCGGCAGUGACAAGGACAGCGAUGCCGACGACAGUAAGACGGAAACAAGCCUGGACACCCCGCUGUCGCCCAUGAGCAAACAGAGUUCUUCCUAUUCUGACAGAGACACUACUGAAGAGGAAUCCGAGUCCCUGGACGACAUGGACUUCCUCACAAGGCAAAAGAAACUGCAAGCUGAAGCCAAAAUGGCCCUGGCCAUGGCCAAGCCGAUGGCCAAGAUGCAAGUAGAAGUGGAGAAGCAGAACAGGAAAAAGUCCCCCGUCGCCGAUCUGCUGCCCCACAUGCCUCAUAUAAGUGAAUGCCUGAUGAAAAGAAGUUUAAAACCCACGGACCUGAGAGACAUGACGAUUGGACAGCUCCAGGUGAUCGUCAACGACCUGCACUCCCAGAUAGAAAGCCUGAAUGAAGAGUUGGUCCAGCUGCUGCUCAUCCGCGAUGAACUGCACACGGAGCAAGACGCCAUGCUGGUGGACAUCGAAGACUUGACCCGACAUGCCGAGAGUCAGCAGAAGCACCUGGCGGAGAAGAUGCCUGCGAAGUGAGAAGACCCCUCGCGACCACAUGCUGGAGUGUUUGUUGCUUCUGUGGUUGUGGACGUGCCGUUGCUUCAGGAGGCGGGCGCAGUGCCGACACCGUGUCCAUCGUUGACCACGGCUGCAGCUUCGCGUCCAGUGAUUGGCCUCCGCGGCUUCAUUUCUCUGAGUUUUUUACUUGUGCCACUAAAUACCAGGCAUUUUAAUAGAAACAUUGUUACCAACUGUACAGUACUUACACCAUCACAAAUCACGGCUCACCAGAGAGGGGGGUUUCACUUUGGUUCUGUUUGUCGAGGGAUGUCUUUUCCGUUGGAGCAGGGUUUUCCCAUUGAUGACUUUCAUUCUCCACUGUAGUUUUAAAGAACAACUGUAAAUGACGGUGCUAUCCAAGUCCAAAAAUACAUGCCUGCCUCGUAGUGACGUUGUAGCUCUCCGUAAUAGGUAUAUUUUAAUCAGUCUUCAACAUUUUGUGAAUGUUGACUACCUGAAGUUCAUUUUUAGAUGUGCUAUUAACAUUCUGUUGGAUUCAGAGGGUCCCUUGAAAGUUUUAUGUAUAAAUAUGUAAAAUAAAAAUUAAAAAUUUGUUUCA